CUCAAGAUCCAUCACGGUUCCGUUCUACCUCGCGUCAUCUCUUGCACUUUUGGCUGCAGUUAUUGGCUUCUUCUUGGUCGAGAUUACGCCUGACUUUAUUGCCCAAGAGGACGUACUUUUCAAGGAGUAUCUCGCAGAGCAUGGCUACGAUAUCUCUGGCAUGGGUUUGACGGACAACGCCGAGGGCAUGCAGUCUCACGGCUCUUUCGAAGACGAUAAGGUCGCCGCCACAGAGACUACUCCAACUGACGAGAAAGUCUAUUAAGAAGCUCUCACGACUCAGGGCACGACUCGAGGAGCAGUCUACAUCAGGGUAUAAUGGGAAUAAUUUGGACUGUUGAAUGCAGUCUCUUCGCCUAAGUUUGAUAUCGCGUGUCAUGUCAAAAUUGGAGAGGCACGUGCCGUACGCUCUAGAUAUUUAGAUUGCUGUAAAGCUUCCGAGGCGUUCGCAGUGAUCGAUGCAAUGGCACUCAUGCACAUCACAGACUCGUAGCUACGCGACGAGCACGCCAGCAAGAAUCUUCUUGUCGCAUUCGACAAACCCCUACUGGAAUCUAGCGUACGAGGACUGGCUUUUUCGGAAGACGCCAGCAGAUCAGCAUAUAUUGUUGCUAUAUCGAAAUGCGCCCUGCAUCGUCAUUGGCAGAAACCAGAACCCGUGGAACGAGAUCAAUUUGAGCAGGCUACGCCAACUGAGGAUACCGCUCGUCAGGCGAAGAAGCGGCGGCGGCACGGUAUACCAUGACCUUGGCAAUACAAAUUACUGUCUCUUCAUGCCCAGAGCCUCUUUCGAUCGACGUCAAGGGGCUGAGCUGGUUUCGAGCGCGCUCAAUGCCCUUGAUGUCCCGACGCGCGUCAACGAGCGCUCCGCCUUCAAGCUGAUCAAUGCGCGCGCGUACCAUCAUGGCACAAUGCUCCUGCGCUCUGAUCUCACUUCGCUGCGCGGCCUACUCAAGGCCGAGCGACCAUCCCUCAAGACAAAGGGCGUAGGAUCUGUCUCCUCAUCCGUGCGUAAUCUCUCAGAGUGGAACGCCGAGAUUGGGCAUGAGAGCUUCGUACGCGCCGUCGCCGAGCGAUACGCCAAAGCUGAAGACAUCGAGCUCGCCAUCACCGAAAUAACUGAGCAAGAUAUGAUGGCCGAAGAGUUUGUCAGCGACAAUCGUGCUGAGCUCCUCUCCUGGGCGUGGGUUUGGGGGCAGACACCGGAGUUUACGAUAGACCUGUCGCACCAAUUCGACUUUGGGUCACUUUCGAUUCGCAUCACAUCAAAGCAUGCUCUGAUCACCGCAUUCGACGUUGAACAAAGCACCCUGUCGAGCGCGAUCCUGUCUCAAGUCGAGGCUUUAGGUCAAGCUAUGAUAGGCAACCGUUACGAUUCAGCGUCAGAUCUCACAAAAGAAUCUCACGCGACGAACGAUCAGAUUCGAAGUAUUGUGCAAUGGCUCAGCAAAGUCAUGUAA